GGAAACUACACCUCUUCCUCCUCAUUGUACUACUGAAAGCAGAUUGAUUUUCAGACAAUUUUGGAUUUUUACCUGGAAAAUUUGGUUAGUUGUCAUCACUCUGCCCUGUAAAGGUCAGCCAAUAUUGAGACAAGAACGUGACAGAUGUGGAUGUCGAUCAGUUGAAUGAUGCUGCUGCCCCCGACUCUCCUUGUCACACUUGUUGUGUUAUCAUUCAGGGGAGGACACUCUACCUGGCUAGGACAUACCUAUUGGAAUGACCGAUAUGGGGACGAACUGGCAACCCAGUAUACUGAAGAUGACACAAAGAAUGGUCUGUGGUCUGACCAGUCCCAGCAAUACCCGGACACAGACUACAGUGGUACCUCCUGCUCAGGCUGUACAUGUGAUAAGACAACUCAGAUGAUCACGCAUUGCAACGGCCCCACCGUAGUUGUUAAAAAUUUCUCUUUUAAAAAUAUUACCUCCACAACAUUUGGUACCUCGGUCACAUCCAUCACCAUUAGCAACUGUUUGGACUUCAGCGUUAUUGGAGAAGACACCUUUGUCAACCUGACCAACCUUCAGUUCCUGUAUAUAAAGAAGACAAGCAUUUCUGUGCUUCCAGAAAUAUCUCGUACGAAAGUGGAAAUAUUAAAUCUAAUUGAUAACCAGAUAGAGUUGACGACAGGUAAUUUUGAUGUAGACAAGACAUACCUACCCAGUUCUCUGACACACCUAGCUCUGAUGAACAACAAAAUUCACUGGUUGCCUCCCAACCUGCUGGCUGGUACAAAUGUCCGUAUUCUGAGUUUGGCUGGAAACUUGCUGGAAAGUUUUCCCACAUCAGCCCUGAACAACCUUCCAGAGCUCCUCUAUUUGGGUUUGGAUGACAACAACAUCAAGAGUAUUUCCAAAAGGAACAUUGAAUCCCUAAUCAACUCCCCUAACUUCUUCCACCUAAACUUGAGCAAUAAUGUCAUCAAAACAAUUGCUCCUAAUUGUUUCAACAUGAUACCGCAUUUAAAAAUUCUAGAGUUGCAGGGGAAUUCAUUGACAACCAUCAAAUAUGAAGUGUUCAAGAACAUAUCUGAGCUGCUUCAUUUGGAUUUACACAAGAACAAAUUGGAGCACGUAAUGAGCCCAGUCAUUUGUCAACCUGCCAAAGCUACGAGAAUUCCGUCUGCAUUCCAGGAUCCAGGCAUGGCCACCAUAGCGUAUGAUGCCUUUGACUACAUUGGACCUGAACUGGAGUACCUGUUUAUCAGUGAUAAUGCCUUACCAAACUUCCCACACCCAGCCCUACAAGGAGGAAGUUACCCAAAGCUGAAGGAACUGCACGCUGAUUAUAAUCAAAUUUCAGAUGUCAAAGUGUUCAGUGAUGAUGCAUUUCAUAUAUCAUUAAGAAGCAUCUAUGAGCUGAAAAAGGCUAGUUUUGUGGCGUUCUCAUCUACCCCAGCUGUGGACAAACUUUACCUGGGUCACAACUCUAUCAGCCAUAUUGAGGAGACAGACUACUGUGAGAUGAGUUUACUGAGUGGCCUUUAUCUGCAGGCCAAUCAGUUGACAGAAGACACCAUUCACAGUCAGGCCUUCACCUGCCUUACAGCUCUGUCAGAGUUGAAUUUGGGGUCCAAUCUGCUGCAGUAUGUUCCCGAUGCCCUCCAGCAUGGUAACCGCCUGCCCUCCAUUGCCACACUUCUGUUACAGUCCAACAAACUGACCUUCCUGGAGGCUGGGGUGUUCUCAAACCUCACCACCCUGAAAUCUCUAGAUGUGGCAAACAAUGCGAUCGUUGUUGUUGAAGAAGGAGCUUUUCCAGAAGACAUUGCCAUGAUAAACCUGAAUAGCAACGAAUUCAACUUCAUGCAGGAUAAUGUCUUUGGAAAUCUCUCAAGCCUGCAAAUACUUGGGUUAAGAGACAACCGGAUUGAUCACAUUCCUCUUCCAGCCUUCCAUGGCUGUACCAGCCUGACUGCCUUGAACCUGGCUCAUAACCAGAUCCCUCGGAUUCUGAAGACACAUCUGAAGGACUGCCCUUUGACCUCUGCCCUCCGUCUCCGUGGAAACGAGAUUGCAUACAUAGAGGAUGGGGCAUUAGCGCAUCUGACAUCCGUCCAGCAUCUAACCCUUAAUGACAACGCGCUGACCCAGUUACCUCUUGGUGGAGACUUCCAUGACCUGUCCAUAGGCCAGAGCUUUUCCCUCAGCAACAACCGUCUUACUUCAUUGCCUAUGGGUGUCUUCAAAGAUCUCUCUGUUGGCAUCAACAUGGAUUUGAGUGGCAAUAAAAUUUCUGAGAUAAAAAGUGGAGCUUUUGAGAAUGUUAACGUGGGGAGAACACUGUUAUUUUCCAACAACCCCCUUCGGUCUCUGUCCAGCUACUCCUUCAACGUGACAUCUUCUGAGUACCUGAUGUUGAAUGGCCUACAACUGAGUGGUCUCCCUUCACAUGCAUUCUAUGAUGUCACAGUGUCCCAGAACUUUGACCUUCAAGACAAUAGUAUCGGAACCAUCCACCCAAAUGCAUUCUACUCUGUGUCUGUAGGUGACAGUUUGCUUCUACAGAAUAAUGAACUGGUUGAGUUAGACGGUCAGGUGUUUGGGGGCGGGGCCUCUGUGGAUAAUUUACAUCUGGAACAUAACAACCUGAGUACUCUGUCUGGGGACAACCUUGCUGGUGUUUCUAUCAACAGCAUUUACUUGAGUGACAAUAUCCUGCAGACUUUCCCUGGUGAUGCGCUGUCAGCACAGAACCUACACAUGAUCGACCUUGUCCGUAACAACAUAGUGGACAUACCCGCAGGAUCCUUCUCCGGCCAGACGUCCAUGGUAACGCUGAAGCUCUCAGAGAACAAAGUGAGCCAACUACCCGCUGGACUUCUGUCUCCCCUCACAUCACUCAAAAACCUGUAUUUGGAUAACAAUGAGCUGACCUUCAUUGAGGAAGGGGCCUUUGAUGGACUUGAUCAACUGAAGGUGUUACAUCUCCAGCAGAACUCCAUCGACUAUUUUCCCCGACUUCCUGCACUGUCAAACCUAGCCACCAUCAAACUCAACAACAACAACCUGGGCACAUUUGGAUACUUGGCGUUCAGCGAUCUCAACAUGAAAACUAUAUCCUCAGUCUCCUUGUCUAACAACCCUCUGGAGUGUGACUGUAACACAGUCUACAGUCUUCAUGCAGUAGCAGACGAUGUGACUGGUGGUGUGUGCUCAAACCCUUCUCAAACCAAUGGAUAUACGUUUGACAAAUCUGAGAAAGGGUCCUCAGAAUACUACACCAAAGUGGACCUUACUCAUUUCCUCUGCAGUGGUUAUAACCUGACAGCCUCCACACCUGAUGUCUAUCAGAUUCAGCUGGAUUGGAAGCGCCCACCUACUCAGUAUGUGGUCUUGUCCAAGAAGCCAGCUGACUUUGCCUCAGCAGAGGGCCUUAACUCCGGACCAUGGUACUACCUGCUCAGCUGCAGCAGGACAGGUGGAAGCUCCCUUACAGCCAAUGUGACUGACUCUACAGGAAACACAGACAAUCUGACACACCUGUUCACUGAGGUGGACGGAGUUGAUCCUGGCAUUGAUUACAGGUGUACUGUACAACUGGAAAUCACCACCACCAGCUCACCUAGUUCACCUGUCUUCAUCACUACUCUGGUAGCUGCAGCGAAUGUCAGUGCAGGACAAGCAGGGGACAUUGAUCUCGAAGUCGCAUACUACGACUUCAGUUCUAGUCACUCAGACUUCACAGGUUUGGGAUACGUACCUGUUAGCCAGCCCAGCUACGUGGCCAGCCCUUAUGGUGCAUGGCUGUCCCUGUCCAGCUCUCCCACUUCAGACUCGUUCUCUGAUUGGUUCAGAGAGAGAUCUUCUGAUAACCACUACUAUAACAGCACACUAACACUGACCUAUCAGAGUGACUCCCACCACAGAUUUUGGUCUGGUUCUUUCUUUCCCCUGGAUGGGCUGGGCUAUGAUGCCGAAGGACAGAGGGAUUGUUCUGCCCAGCUUCAUAACUUUGGGUUUACAUCUGCUGUUCGAAGCAGCCUAAAGUACCAGGGUAAUGAGGUGAUCACCAUUGGAGGUGGAGAGGAGUUGUGGCUGUUUAUCAACAAAGUACUUGUCCUAGAGGUGCUAACAUCAGGGGACACAACUCCGUCCUGUCAGAGAAUUGAUCUGUCUCAGGCAGCAGGUGGAGGCACUGUGACACCUGAACAGGGGACUGUGGUAGGAGGAUCCUGUGUGGGACUGUCAGCUCGCAGCUCAGCCAGUGUGUACCUGGACCUUACAGUGGGAGAAGCGUAUCAUUUUGAUUUGUUCCACACCGAGCGUUUAAGGUGUAGCUCAAGCCUGCUGUUGGAGACAGAAGGAGUAGCAUUCAGUUCCCCUGGAGACGCUCCACCCAUUGAUUACCUGAUUGACACACCUGAGGAUUUACACCUGGAUGGGAUCCUGGAGACAGUCACACUCACUGACCCCUUCUCUGUCGGCCCCACCUACACUGUGGACAUUCUGAGGGGUAAUGAGGCCAGGCAUUUCAGUCUGAAGGAUGACACGCCUAGUAACAUUGCGGCUGGUGUAGCUCCUCCCACCCCACCUGUCAAUUAUACCACCGUGUCCGGGUUUAACGUGUCCUAUGUAGGUAUGUACAUGCUGAUGGGAGUUGUGCUAAGAAACCCGAUGAGCCAGCUAAAUUUCGUAACGUCAGGGAAGGGAAAUUGUCAGGGUCGUGCUGUAGUCACCCCAGAGCCCAGUAUCCCUGGGGUGGAAACAUUCACCCUGACCACCCAGUCUGCUCUCCUCACACUGGCCUCUUCCCUGGAUUAUGAGGUGGCCCAGACUUACCUCCUGGUAUUGAGAGUGGUGGACCCUGGCCUUACUCUCACAGGAGAGAUCACCAUCAAAGUGCUGGUGACAGACGUGAAUGACAACUGUCCUGUGUUAGCACAGAAUCUCCUGACAUAUGUCCCCAUCCCCGCCCUGCAGGUAGACCCGUUUGUCUCCCUGAACGCCACUGAUGCUGACAGCACAGUCAAUGCAGAGCUCUUGUAUUAUCACUCAGAAGUCAUAGAGAACCCUGUGGUAGAUUUCAAUGCCACCCAGGAUCUGUAUGAUUACAUCUAUGUGAGAAACACGACAUUGACGUUUGAUCUUGUGGUCAUAGACAAGGGGUCACCCCCCAGAGGGACAUCGGCCUCAGUGGAGGUCACCCUCAGCAACAGCUGUCUGGUGGAUGCUGAUUUCAACAAUAUUCCCUACUUCAUCCAUGUCAAUCAAACAUCAGGGGAGGUAACUCUAAGGAUACCAGGAUAUUACGUAUACAAGUUUGCCUGCUCUGCUGACAUAGGCGUAGGAACUGGCCUGAUACCUGAUGAUUACUUGUCUGCCUCAUCUUACCUUAGCAGUGAAACGUUACCCUCCAGGGGUCGCCUGAACCUAAAUUCCUCCACCACUGUGAUUGGUUUCCUGGCAGGAGGCUGGGUUGCUCAAAGCCUGGACACUAACCAGUACAUACAGCUUGACCUGAAGGAAAGCUACAAGUUCACAGCCAUCCAGGUUCAGGGCCGAGAGGAUCAGGACCAAUGGGUGACCUCCUAUCAGUUGUAUUACAGUGACCAAGAGGCGGGGCCCUGGAACUUGUAUACUAAUGAAUCAGGGGUUUCAGUGUUUGCUGGAACCUCAGACCGAUCCUCCAUUGUGACGACAUUCCUGGAUCCCCCCAUUCUCGCCCAGCUAUUGAGGAUAAACCCUCUGACAUGGCACAGUCAGAUAGCAAUGAGGUUUGAGGUCAGCGGCUGUCAGCAGUCACAGCAACUUUACUAUGACACAUCCUGUGAGCGAUGCCCUACCACAUACUACUGUAUAGGAGAUGGGGAGGAGCGCCAAUGUGGUAGAUGCCCUGAGGACACCCCAGAUUGCGGACGUUCUCCCACAGAGCACUCUUUUGGGGCAUCAGACACCUGUGCACCCUGCCCUCCUGGUUGGAUCUGCUCUGAGGGUUAUGCAACGCCAUGUGAGGACCUGUACUAUGCUGUGUGUAACACCACAUACUGCCCAGGUGCCUGCAGCAUCUGUGAAGCGGGCUACGCUUGCCGAGGAGGACAAAAAUACCUGUGUGAGGAGGGGACCUAUGCUGAUGUGCCCAUGUUGUUCUGUGCAAGUUGUAGUCCGGGGUAUUACCAGGACACUGUGGGUCAGACCUCAUGUAAACCCUGUCCCCGGGGUUACUACAGCUCUGACAGGAAGGACAGGUGUGAGAGGUGCCCCACGGACACAUACUCCCUAGGGGACGGGACCCAGUGUCAGCUCUGCCCUAGCAUCGCGGAGUGCCCCUGUAUGGCCUCCACCAGCCCCUGCUUCUCCUCAGAGCUCUGUCAUAACCUGGGCAAUGGCAACCACGAGUGUGAUACCUGUCCCGAGGGGUACAUGGGUAAUGGAGUUACCUGUACAGAUAUUAAUGAGUGUGAGGAGAAUCGUCCCUGCUGGAAUGUCUCAGCGUGUAUUAACACUGAGCCUGGUUACCAGUGCCUGGCGUGCCCUACAGGAUACCUGGGAACAUACGAAGAUGCCUGGUCUUGGAACUUUACCCGUCGGGUCUUUUUCCUGACCAAUCAGGUCCUGGCUCCUCUGCAGUAUCAAGUGUGUGAUGACAUAGAUGAGUGUAGUGUUAACAAUGGAGGGUGUGAUGCUAACUCCAGGUGUAUCAAUACUGUGGGAAGCUUCACCUGUGGGUUCUGCGGGGACGGCUAUGUAGGUAAUGCUCUACAGGGCUGCACACCUUCUGACUUCUGCUCCUCCAAUCAGCAUGACUGUACAGGUAACUCAGAGUGUGUCUACCUGGGACCAGGACUCUUCAAGUGUCAGUGCUCACAAGGCUAUGCAGGGAAUGGAGUCCUCUGCGGACAAGACACUGACCUGGAUGGUCAUCCAGACAUCAGCCUGCCCUGUUCUGACACAGGCUGUAAGCGUGACAACUGUGUUGUGCUACCUAACAGUGGGCAGGAGGACACUGAUGGGGACUUUGUUGGCAAUGACUGUGAUGAAGAUGAUGAUAAUGAUGGCAUUUAUGAUGUCACGGACAAUUGUGUUACUGUGGCUAACAUCGAUCAGACCGACACUGACGGAGAUGGAAGGGGAGACAACUGUGAUAACUGUCCUGCUGUGGUGAAUGCUGAUCAAAUUGAUACAGACAGGGAUGGCACUGGAGAUGCGUGUGACAACGACGAUGAUGGAGAUGGUGUUCAGGACUCAUCUGACAACUGUCCCCUGGUAUACAACCCUGGUCAGGAAAACUCUGGCGAUUCAGACACAGUGGGUGACGCCUGUGAUAACUGUGUCAGCGUGGAUAACUCUAACCAGGUGGACACAGACCAGAAUGGCGUCGGGGAUGCCUGCGAUACCCCAGGGGGCACCAACAAAGAUGUUGAUGGUGACAGUAUUCUUGACUUUCUCGACAACUGUGAGUUCAGACCAAACGGAGAACAGACGGACACAGACAGUGAUGGCCUAGGAGAUGCAUGUGACCCUGAUAUAGAUGGAGACCUUGUGGCUAAUGAUGAUGACAACUGUCCAUACUUGCCAAACGCAGGACAAGCUGACACAGACGGAAAUGGUGUAGGUGACGACUGUGAGUCUGACUCCGAUGGAGAUGGUGCCCCUAAUUCAGAUGAUGACUGUCCACUCAAUAAAUUUAUCAAUCACACAUCCUUUGUCGACUACACCUCUGUGAUUCUCAACCCCGCGGCAUCUCCCAGUACAGCGCCCCAGUGGGAAGUGACAGAUGAAGGAGCAAACAUUAGGCAAACGGAAUCCACCCAGCAGGCAACCAUGCUGAUUGGUUCCCAGGCAUACACUGAGGUAGAGUACACUGGUACCUUGUAUGUAGAGGCUGGGCUUAAGGGUAACUAUGUAGGCCUUGUGUUUGGUUAUGUCAACAACAGGAAGUUUUACCUGGUCAUCUGGCGUCAUGACAAUCUGAAUUAUGGAGGCUCUCUGUACAGAGCUGGUGUCAAAGGUGUUCAGAUAAAGCUGAUUAACUCUGCAUCUGGACCUAGCAGUACCUUGAGUAAUGCCAUCUGGCAUAGCGUCCCCACAGCCAAUGAGGUGUCAGUGCUGUGGCAUGAUCCCGCUCUGAUUGGCUGGCAGUACAAUACCGCAUACAGGUGGUCUUUGACACACCAACCAUCACAAGGCUUGAUCAGACUGAGAAUCUACACAGGGAUGAUGUUGGUGGUGGAUUCUGGGAAUGUUUACGAUGCUACAAUAACGGGUGGUCGCCUAGGUGUGUUCGAGUUUGAUCAGCCUGGCACAGUGUGGGCGGGCCUCACGGGCAGGUGUCUGCAGAGGGUGAACAGUGCUCUGCAGCUGGAUGGUACGGAUGACUAUGUUAAGCUCGCUGGUCUCGCUGAUUUAGGCAUUGAGCAGAGCUUUACCUUUGCUCUGUGGCUUCUGCUACAGCCUGGUUUCUCAGGCAAACUCCCCAUACUGUGUACCCUCACAGCUGAGGUUUGCCUUUAUGUGGACAGUGGUGUAGUCAAGGCUGAGGUGAAUGGUAGCACCAUAUCAGGGGGCACAACUCUUACCACCCUCCACUGGAACCACCUCAUCCUCAGAUAUGAAGCCCAAGUGCAAACAUUGACUUUGUUUCUCAAUGGGACUCGUUCAGGAGCAGAGGCGGAGCUUGUCGGCAUAACAACAUCAUCAGAUUGGUUGUCCGGUAAUCCCUGGCUGUACCUGGGCCGAGAUGAUGGCAGUUACCUGGCAGGAGUUAUAGAUGAGGUGAGGCUCUACAAUGUGGCCCUCCCAGAUACGGACAUUGACGCCCAUCUGCAGGACAUUGGGCUAGUCCGGCCUAAACUGAAGGGAUACGUGGGUGCCCACUACCCCAUGGAAGGGACGACAGGGUCAACAGUGUUAGAGGACACUGGGGGUCAGGACCUGGAUGGAGAGAUCUAUGGGAACCCUAGCUUUGUGGAGAGUUGGCUUGACCAGGGUCGCUUCCAGGUGACUUACCCUGACAGCAGAUAGAUGGAGUGACCACAGUGACCAUCAGGGCUGAUUUCAGAUGACUUGCCCCUGGCAGCACAUAGACGGACGAAGCUCAAGGUGAUCGCAUUCUGACCAAAUAGGCUUCUUUCCAGAUCUGUCGCUUUAUGUCUCAUAAAGUUAGUGGGGAAACAUCAAAAAGGUAUUACUCACACCAGUUGACAAGAACAAAUACCAUGUCUUCAUAGGCCAUGCAGCAAUGUGACAUUAACGUUGCUGAACCAUUGCAUCCAGACCUGUAUGUAGUAAGUUGCCAGGAUAGUUCCAUGCAGGUGUUAAUGAACGAUGCCUGUCCUUGAUGAAACUGAGCCAAGUUUUCCCCGUCAUUUAAAAAUUGGGAUAAUUUUGAUUGUGAUAUAUGUAUUUUAAAUCCAUAUUUUUUUAUUGGUUUACAUUAAAUUGUGAUACAUGUUUUACAUUAAAGUUUGUAUUUUGUUAAAUUGGCAUUGCCUUUGACUGUAAGGAGAUAUACAUGUGGAAAUGCAAACUGUAACAAAAGAAGAGUUUUUGACUUCAAGUUGUACCAGGAGAUUAACCAAUACCAUGGGGAAGUCAGAAUUUAUAGAUAUUAUUUCCCAGAUUUAUAAUGAUGACAAAGAGGCCUUUGAAGGAUAUCAGUGGUUCUUGCUCCUUUUGUUAAUGUGGCCUAUGUGGUAAUAGACCAUAACUUCUUGUCACAGGAUAAGCCCAAAAGUUGCCGGAAUCUUUGUAAAAGAUGGUAUGAGUUUUGUUGGCCUUUUUUCCUCCCCCUCAGUCUGGGGCCACUUUCACAAAGCCGCGUGCAACAUUUAUGUAUCAUGCACUUGUCAUACAAUAUUUUGUACAUCACUAUUAACGUACCAUUGUCCUGUAUGUGCGAUAUCAUACAAGUAUGUCAUCUUUGUGAAAGUGGCAUCAGGAUGUGGGAUAAUUUACACUAACUGUACAAAGAAUACAGUUUUUGAGCCUUGCUGUAAUGAAGUGUGUUACAUAAAUUAUGGUUUAUGCUUGAACUUUGAGAGGCAAUGCUGCGAAAUCCUACAUGUCUAUGUUAAUAGAAACGAUGCAAUAUCUCCUGUCUUGUCAUACAGUAUGACCAAAAUAGUCUGUGAUAAUUCAUGCCCAAUAAUGUUUCUGAGUUUCAUGGAAUGUAUUACAAAAAUUAAUACAUUCAUCACCAUAUGAUAAACAAUUGAAAGUAUAUGUUCUCAUCUCAAUUGUAGAAUUUUGUUUUAUUGUAUUUAAAUCCAAUCUUUAUUGUAUCAAAAACCCAGUGGUUGAAAAUAACUACAGAUUUGUAUUGC